AAUGGAAGAUAGCGCCACAGAGAAAGCGUCUGGAGUUCACCUUGGUUCUUGGGUGGGCCAUUCUUCCUGUGGAAGAGAGAGUGUUCUAGCUCUACCCAACAGGAAAUAAACUUGAUUUUCUUCGUACAGUUAUUUGUUUCGUCUGGAAAUCUCCAAGAACAUGCCAGACAACUCGUGCCUAUUUUAUGGAAGAUGAACGUUUCAGAGAUAUAGAGCAAGGAAAAGAAAAGGAGAGGAAGGAGGCACUGCAGGCAAGUGAAUCACAAUUUCUGUAUCAUCCUGAAGCAGCCAAACUCUGAGAGUGCGCUCGUCUGAAGAAUUGGAAUGGCGACGUUGACUGGUUAUCACAUCAACUUGUCCACUCUUCGGCUUCCUCCAGUAAAAUGUUGUCGGAAAGGCGUGAACCUUUCUCUCCAUCCGGGAAGGUUGAGAAUUGCGUCAUCUUUCGCGAUGUCAUCGUCAAGAAACGGCCUUGCGCUUCUAACCAGGAAGGGAGAGCGAACAAGGAGGGGUUCGGCCUUCGUUGUCCGGUGUCAAGCCCCUAGUGAUGGAAGGAUUACACAGCAAGAGUUUACGGAAAUGGCAUGGCAAGCUAUCGUUUCUUCGCCAGAAGUCGCGAAGGCGAGCAAACAGCAGAUCGUGGAGACGGAGCAUCUAAUGAAAGCACUCUUAGAGCAGAAAAAUGGGCUUGCUCGCCGCAUUUUUUCGAAGGCAGGUGUUGAUAAUACUCGCCUUCUCGAAGCGACGGAGCGGUUCAUCCAGAGGCAGCCCAAGGUGAUCGGUGAAACGGCAGGUUCUAUGUUAGGAAGAGAUUUGGAAGCUUUGUUUCAGCGAGCCAGGGAAUACAAAAAGGAAUAUGGUGAUGCAUUUGUGUCCGUUGAGCAUUUAGUACUUGGGUAUGUUCAAGAUCAACGGUUUGGAAGGCAGUUAUUUAAGGAUUUCCAGAUAUCUCUCAAGUCCCUAACAUCCGCAAUACAGUCCAUCAGGGGAAAGCAAACAGUCAUUGACCAAGAUCCUGAAGGAAAAUAUGAAGCCUUGGACAAAUAUGGAAAGGACUUAACGGCUAUGGCAAGGGAAGGGAAGCUAGAUCCUGUCAUAGGAAGGGAUGAUGAGAUAAGAAGAUGCAUACAGAUUCUUUCAAGAAGAACCAAGAACAACCCUGUAUUAAUUGGUGAACCUGGUGUUGGAAAAACUGCAAUUUCUGAAGGGCUUGCCCAGAGAAUUGUGCAAGGAGACGUGCCUGAAGCCUUAAUGAAUCGCAAAUUGAUAUCAUUAGAUAUGGGUGCACUCAUUGCUGGAGCCAAAUUCCGGGGAGAAUUUGAGGAUAGACUGAAAGCGGUGCUAAAAGAAGUGACAGAGUCAGAGGGACAGAUAAUACUUUUUAUUGAUGAAAUCCAUACAGUUGUUGGUGCUGGUGCCACAAAUGGUGCCAUGGACGCGGGAAACUUGUUGAAGCCAAUGCUUGGCCGUGGAGAGCUACGAUGUAUUGGAGCUACUACUCUUGAUGAAUAUCGAAAAUAUAUCGAGAAAGAUCCAGCCUUGGAGCGUCGUUUCCAGCAAGUAUACGUUGAUCAACCCACAGUGGAGGACACAAUCUCUAUACUUCGUGGACUGCGUGAAAGAUAUGAGCUACACCACGGGGUUCGUAUUUCAGACAGUGCCCUUGUGGAGGCUGCUCUUCUUUCAGACCGUUACAUAAGUGGGCGCUUUCUGCCUGAUAAAGCUAUUGAUCUGGUAGAUGAAGCAGCUGCAAAACUAAAAAUGGAGAUCACUUCAAAACCAACUGCUCUUGAUGAGAUAAACCGCUCUGUUUUGAAGCUGGAGAUGGAGCGUCUUUCACUUACUAAUGAUACAGAUAAAGCUUCCAAAGAUAGGUUGAUUCGUCUUGAGGCAGAACUCUCCUUAUUGAAGCAGAGGCAAGCAGAAUUAACUGAACAAUGGGAGCAUGAGAAGACUGUUAUGACUCGAAUACAGUCCAUAAAAGAAGAGAUUGACAGGGUAAAUCUGGAGAUACAACAGGCAGAGCGUGAUUAUGACCUCAAUCGUGCAGCAGAACUCAAGUAUGGGAGUCUUAUGUCACUUCAACGUCAACUAGAAAGUGCUGAAAAGGAAUUGGUUGAAUAUCAAAGGUCUGGUAAAUCUAUGCUGAGGGAAGAGGUUACUGGCAGUGACAUUGCUGAAAUAGUGAGCAAGUGGACUGGCAUUCCGGUUUCAAAACUGCAACAAUCUGAGAGGGAGAAGCUCUUACACCUGGAAGAGGAGUUGCACAAGCGUGUGGUUGGACAAGAUCCAGCAGUAAGGUCAGUUGCAGAGGCCAUACAGAGGUCCCGGGCUGGUCUUUCAGAUCCUCACCGACCCAUAGCGAGUUUCAUGUUCAUGGGCCCUACCGGCGUUGGCAAAACAGAAUUGGCAAAAGCACUGGCUUCCUUUUUAUUUAAUACAGAGGAAGCUCUGGUGAGAAUAGACAUGAGUGAGUAUAUGGAGAAACAUGCCGUCUCCAGACUUAUAGGUGCUCCUCCAGGUUAUGUUGGUUAUGAAGAAGGUGGGCAGCUAACAGAAACUGUUCGAAGGCGACCAUAUGCUGUUAUCCUUUUUGAUGAGAUCGAAAAGGCCCAUGCUGAUGUUUUCAAUAUCUUCCUUCAAAUCCUCGAUGAUGGCAGAGUGACAGAUUCCCAAGGUCGUACUAUAAGCUUUACCAACACUGUUAUAAUCAUGACAUCAAAUGUGGGCUCCCAGUAUAUUCUGAACGCUGAUGAGGAGAUUACCUCUGGAAAUUCUGCUUAUGAGAUCAUCAAGAAAAGAGUAAUGGAGGCAGCAAGGUCCAUUUUCCGUCCAGAGUUCAUGAAUCGGGUUGAUGAGUAUAUUGUUUUUAGUCCACUGGACCGUGAACAAAUCAACAGUAUUGUGCGACUUCAGUUGGAACGUGUACAAAGGAGGUUAGCUGACAGGAAGAUUAAGAUAGAAGUGACUGAUGCAGCCAUCAAGUUGUUAGGGAGCCUUGGCUAUGAUCCCAACUAUGGGGCAAGGCCUGUGAAGCGCGUGAUCCAGCAGCAUGUUGAGAAUGAGUUGGCCAAGGGCAUACUGAGGGGAGAUUUCAGGGACGAGGACAAAGUGUUGGUUGAUACAGAAGUCACUGCCUUCUCUAAUGGUCAGCUGCCGCAACAGAAGCUGGUUUUCAGGAAGCUGGAAGGUGAUGAAGAAUUGCCUGUAGUAGAUGACCAGGAAGCUCUAUCUAAGAGCCUCUGAGAGUUUGUUUCCACUUCUCAUUCCAACUUCCAUACACUGGACCUGUAGUUUCUGUUCCUGUAAUCAGUUUUGGAAUUAUUGGUUAUCCUGGAAACAUGGAUCACCUUGCAAUGUUGGCUGUACAUAUUCGGUCUAGUUUGGGUGCAUUUUAAGCUGCAAACGGAGGCCUAUUUACUUGAA